AUGGUGUGCAAACGUACUCCUAGUUGCACCAUCAUCAAUCUGUUCAGGAUUCCACAUGAAUACUACCAGCCUGCUGACCUUCUCAUUGGUGGACUUGCUUCUCACCUCUUUGUAGCUUUUGACAAAGAAGACUUCAGUGAAAGGCCAACCAUCCAUCAACUCCUUAAUCUCUUUGUCGUGCCAAAGAAUUACCAGCAUCUUCUGGCUUUGGUGUUUGCUGUCAAGGAGAUCAAUGAGAACCUCAAGAUCUUGCCUAAUGUCACCUUGGGAUUCCACAUCUAUGAUAGUUAUUUCAAUCAAAGGAUGGCCUACCAGGCCACUCUUGACCUUCCCUCCACACUUAUCCCCAACUACAAGUGCAACAUCCAGAAAAAGCUGAUAUCAGUCAUUGGAGGACUUGACUUUGAUACUUCCCUCUACAUGGCAAUAAUCUUAGGCAUCUACAAGAUUCCUCAGCUCGCUUAUGGCUCCUUUGCUCCAGAGGAAACCGAUCAAAGCCAAUCCAUUCCCUUCUACCGGAUGGUGCCCAAUGAAGACCACCAGUACACUGGGAUUGUUGAGCUACUUCUGCAUUUUGGUUGGACAUGGGUUGGGUUGCUUGCUGGAGAUAAUGAGACUGGAGAGAGGUUUAUGCAGACCCUGCAACCUCUACUUUUCCAGAAAGGCAUUUGCUUUGCCUUCUCAGCGACAACACUGAAAACCACGUAUUUGGUAGAUUAUUAUGGCAUGUUUCCCUGCUGGAUCCAAGUCUAUCAAGUUAUUAUGGAAAGCAAAGCCAAAGUUGUUGUUGUCUAUGGAGAAACCAAGUCCAUGCUUGGCUUGCGAACAAUGGUAGCACUGGGUGAAAUGGAAAAUGUGACCAAGACGCCUGUGGGCAAAGUGUGGAUUCUGACUGCUCAGCUGGAUUUCACAGCAUUGACCUAUCAAAUGAGCUGGGAUAUGCAAGUCUUCCAUGGCUCCCUCUCCUUUGCAGUUCAUUCAAAUGAGGUACAAGGAUUCAGAGCAUUUCUUCAGCUCCAAAAUCCUUUUAAGGCAAAUGGAGAUGGGUUUCUCAAGCAGUUCUGGGCACGGGUAUUUCUCUGUUCAUUUCCUCACUCUAGUACAGAGACGCAGGCUAGUGAAGUCUGCACUGGAGAGGAGAAGCUGGAAGAUCUCCCUUCAUCUGGUUUUGAGAUAAGCAUGACUGGCCACAGCUACAGUGUCUACAAUGCUGUCUAUGUUGUGGCACAUGCCUUACAUACCAUGUUCCUGUCUAGGUCCAAACACAGGGAGGUGGCACAAGGACAGCUGCAGGAGCUUCAGAAGAUGCAGCCUUGGCAGCUUCAUCUCUUCCUUAGGAGUGUCUCGUUUAACAACAGUGCUGGAGAAACAAUAUCCUUUCGUGAGAACAAGGAAGUAGAAGCUGGAUUUGAUAUUACUAACUUGGUCACUUUUCCAAAUAACUCCUUCAUGAGAGUCAAAGUUGGAAAGAUGGAUCUGGUGGCACCCCCAGGCAAGGAAUUUUCCAUUGAUGAGGACAAAAUGGCAUGGCACAGAAGCUUUCACCAGGUGGGGCAUGAUUCCAACAUCCAUGAGGUUCCACCCCUUUCUGUAUGUAACCCCAAGUGCCCUCCUGGUUCUAGCAAGGAAAAGAAGGAGGGGGAGAAAUUCUGCUGCUACGAUUGUGCUCCAUGUCCCCAAGGCAAGAUCUCAUCCCAAGAGGACAUGGAUAACUGUGUUGGGUGCCCAGAAGAUCAGUAUCCAAACAAGGACCAAUCACAGUGCAUCCCAAAGACAAUAAGCUUCUUGUCCUUUAAAGAGCCUCUGGGGAUGAGCUUAGCAUUUUUUGCUCUUUUUCUGUCUCUGCUCACGGUGUUGGUGCUAGCCAUCUUCAUUAAGCAUCAGGGCACGGCAAUAGUCAGAGCCAACAAUCAGGACAUCACGUACAUUCUCCUCACCUUCCUCCUGCUUUGUUUUCUCUGUCCUUUGAUCUUCCUCAGCUCACCUGAGAAAAUGACCUGCCUGCUUCGACAAAUAGCUUUUGGUGUGGUUUUCACAGUGACAGUUUCUUGUGUGUUGUCCAAAACCAUUACUGUGGUUCUUGCCUUCAUGGCCACCAAACCAGGAUCCAGAAUAAGGAAAUGGGUAGGGAAAAGACUGGCAAGCUCCAUUGUGUUUUCUUGUUCCCUUGUCCAAGCUGGCAUAUGCGCUAUGUGGUUGGGAACUUCUCCACCAUUCCCUGAUUCUGACAUGCACUCCAUAAUGGGAGAAAUCAUACUGGAAUGUAAUGAAGGAUCAGUUACCAUGUUUUACUGUGUCCUGGGUUACAUGGGCUUCCUGGCCAUUGUCAGCUUUGUUGUGGCAUUUGCAGCCAGGAAACUGCCUGACAGUUUUAAUGAGGCCAAAUUCAUCACCUUCAGCAUGUUAGUGUUCUGUAGUGUUUGGAUAUCUUUUGUUCCUGUUUAUCUGAGCACCAAGGGGAAAUACAUGGUGGCUGUGGAAAUCUUUUCCAUCUUAGCCUCUGGUGCUGGUUUACUGGGCUCCAUCUUUGUCCCCAAAUGCUACAUUAUUGUGUUGAGACCCAAUCUGAACAGCAAGGAACAGUUAAUAAAGAGGAAAUAGUAAAGAAUCCCAUCAUCUCUGGGUUUUGUCCUACCAGAAUAUGGGUAAUGUAAUC